AUGGAAGAAGAGAAGGUGUUAGAUUCAUUCGAAGUAUUAUACAACAAUGUGAAGGGGAAUAUGUAUAUAACAAAUAGAUUUCUGAUAUAUAUAUCAGAGACAACUAAAAAGGAAAAAGAUGAAAAUAAUUCGUUAUUUUUAAUGAAUGAUAUAGAUUUGAAGAUUUGCGUAUUUAGUUGGAAGAAAACUGAAAAAUCGAAGAAAAAAAAUAAAAUUCGUUUUACUUUUGCUAGAACGGAUAGAAAAAAUAAUUUUUGUUUUCAUGAUUAUAAUAGUACAGAUUCUUAUAUUUUUGAAUUUUUUAAUGAGAAGAAUUAUAAUGAUAUUAGUGAUAUGAUAAAUUCUUUAAAUAAAGAUAAUUUAAGAAAUCAUUUAUUUGUGGACUUUAAUUUAAAUUUAAUAAAAAAUGAAUAUAGGAUAUAUGAAACAAAUGAAGAUGGUAAUGAUAUUAACAAAAUAGAUAAGAAUAAUGUUAAUGAAUUAUUAAAUGAACAUGAUAAUUUUAAUAUAAAUAAAAUAACAAGUGAUGAGGUGUUAAAUGUUUUACGAUCUCAUGAAUUGUUAAAAGAAAAUGAGAAAAAAAUGAAAAGAAGGAAAAAAGGAGAAUUAGAUACCAAUGAUAUAAUUAUAGAAGAUGAUAGUAAUAAUAAUGAGGUUGAUAGUAGUGAGAAUAAUUUAAGUGAUGAUAAUGAUAAUGUUAAUGAUUUUUAUAAUUCUUUAAAUAGAAUGUUUGAGGCUGAUAGAGAUUUUAAAAAAUUAUAUGAUAUGUGUAUUGAAAAUAAUAUAUUAAAUGAAGAAGAAUUUUAUAAAUUACAUAAAAAUCAGUUAUAUGAAUAUAAAAAUAUUUCUUGUUGUGAAGAUAUGAAUAUAUUAAAAGAACCUAUAUAUAUAUCAGAAGAACAGAAAUUGUCUAAGAGUGUUGAAAUAAAUAAUGAAUUAAGAAGAUUAAUUUUAAGUGAAAAUAAAGAAUUAAAAAAGUUAUAUGAUUAUUAUAUUGAAAAUAAUAUAUUAAGUGAUAGUAAAUUUUGGUUUUUUUUAUUUAAUAAUAAAUAUAGUCAUUUAUUUUUUUAUGAUAAAAAUGAAAAAGAUCCAAUGUCAAAUAAACAAGUGUUAAAUAUUAAAGAAGAUAAAUUGUUUGAAUCUUUAUCAUAUAAUUUAGAAAAUUUAAAUCAAGAUAUUAAAGGAACAUUAGAGAAAUGUAUAUUAAAAGAAUAUUUAACACAUAAAUCAUCAAAUAAAAAAAAUGUUUUAUUUAAAAAUAAUUAUUAUUUUAAUGAAGAAAAUAUAGAAGGUUUUGGAGUAUUUACUAAUGAAAAAUUAAUCAAAAAUUAUAAUAAUUCUUAUAAUCUAUUAAUUAAUAAAUUUAAUAAUUAUUGUAUAGGUAUGAUAAAAGAUAAUAAGUAUACUCUGGAUAAAUUUUAUGAUGAUUUAAAAGAAAAAAUUGAUGACACUGAUUUAAAUAUUAUGGAUGAAAAAAAAGCACAACAGUUUAACUUGGAAAAAAUAAAAACAAAUAUAUGUGAUGAGGAAAGUUUAAAAGAGGAAAUAUCGCAAAAUGAGAAAUAUGUGAAUGAUCAUUUUGAUAAAUUUAUGGACGAUUUAAGGGCAAAUAAGCAUACAACUAAAAAAAAUUACGCAGAUUUGUAUAAUAUAGGGAGGGUUUUAUUUGUUCUAAAUACGAAGAGAUGCCAAAGCAACCAAUCCUUGUUAAUAGGAACUAUUGAAUAUGAACAACACAUUCUUGAUAUUGUAAAAGAAUAUCAUAUAAAAAUUAAUUAUUUAUUAAACUUAUUUUAUACAUCUUAUAUUCCUGAAGAAAAUAAGAGGAAUAAUAUUUUAGAGAAUUUAUCAAGAAUAAAGGAUGAAAUUCAAGCAAAGCAAGAAGAAUAUAAUAGUGUCUUGAUUAUGGGAAAGCCAUUAUUGAUUCAUUUGUUUGAACAAAUAGCUAUAUGUAAAAAGUUUAAUGAAAAACUUAAUAAAUAUAUUCAAGAAAAGAGAAAGAAAGCAUAA